UGCAAGUGUAUCUCAGGUAAACAGGGCUUUGAAAAGGUGAAGGUUUAGGCUGUUGGAUCCCGCUUUAUCAUUUCGAUAUUUUUUCCUGAGAUGUAACAACGGCGCCGUUACAAAAGAUAUUUAAUAUCUCAUAUCUCAAAUUCUUUUUUGCUAAAAUCAUAAUUUACUGUGCAAAGUAACUUUUUUGUAAAUAAAAAUAAAUUUUUAUUUGUUUGCUAAAUAAAUUCAACGUAUUAUCUCGUGUAUUUAAUCGCGUGUAUUGAAACAACUUGAACGUUCUCCAGUGUACGAACCGGAUAAGGCUGCGCUUCGGAGAUAGGGGGAAUAAUCCUGUCGAAAUUCCUUCGAUCAAACGAUCUCACAAUCAUUCGCUUCGUCGUAAGAGUCCAUCGCACUUCAGCUUCAGCUUUGUUUAACUCAGAACAGAAGGCGACUUAACGUACACGAAGGUUGGCGGUUCUUGAUGACAGGUGAUAGUAGCUGCCGUGAUCAGCACCAUGUACGCGAUCAUGAUGACCGCGGUGACCGUCGCGUUCGCGAUAAACAUCGUGAAAGAUACCGUAAUGUCGCCGAGCGCGUGGUUCAUGUUCCUCGUGGUGGGCGAGUUCGUGAUAGCGGGUCUCCUGCAUCCCUACGAGGUCAAUUGCCUACUGCACGGUCUGAUCUAUUAUCUAGCGGUGCCCUCGAUGUAUGUGCUACUAAUCAUAUACUCACUCUGCAAUCUCAAUAACAUCUCAUGGGGCACGCGGGAAAUUAAGAUGAAGAAGAGCUGCGCGGUAAUUAAUCUCAUUUACUUUACUAACUCCAACUAAAAUCUGGUCGAGAUACUCCGGCAAAUGCUCGGCUUUUGCAGCUUUGUUAACAUAUACAAAAAUAUUUUAUACUUUUCAAUUAACCCAUUGAACACGUCGAGAAU